UUACUGCCUAACAAUACCAUUGAAGCCGUUGAGGGAGAAGUGUUGGGAUCUCCUAGAGUCCAUAUUUUCCCCCACAGGUCGAAAAGGAAAGGCCUGACUCUCAGAGUUUCCCUGGAUGAUGGUGUGUAAAAACUAUACCAAAGGAUUGAACACGGCUCACAGAAGGCUGAGGGAUAUGAAUAGUUCAGAGCGUAGUAUGGUGCCUUUACGUGAAAAAGAAAUGGUAGUUCUUCUGAUGUUACGUAAACCAGAGAGACGAUGAUAAGAGGAAAAAGCAACUGAUGAAUAGACAU